UCAGUAGAGUCGGGCCUUAUAAAGUGUGGGUGUCAUAGUAUUAACUAGUUAGUCUGGUACGUGCGUCUAUAAGUACCUUUAUUUUGGUUUGUAAUAUUGGCGACACUGCAUUUCCACAUUGAAGUUUUUGAUUGGUCGCCUAGAAAAGCGGCUGACUAGCCGUGUGAUCUGUCCAAUUUAGCCGAAAAUUUCGCGAAAAUAUUAAAAUGAUCAAAUAAAACAAGUGAUUAGCAUUUAUUUAAAGAGCCCAAGUUAAUGCAUCGAACAUGCUGUCGAGACUGUUAGGAGAAUUCCUUUUGUUUCUCGUACAUUUCUUUAUAAACGUACUUGUUGCUGUUCAGAAUGUUUAUCACCACUUUUGGACUAGGCAAGAUGAUUUACCAACGUGCGAGCUGACAAAGAGGGAUAUCAGUGUUGUCAUGGAACAUGUGCCAAGAUUGAGAAAGAAGUUGCAACAUCUGGUGGUGCUGGCCCACACGGAGUACCAUUCUCUCAGCGAUCUAGCACGCGUUGUGAUCUGGAGUCUCGUGGCUGGGAUACCGUACGUCAGCUUGUAUGACGUCACAGGUAAUCUAAAGCAAGAAGAAGAGAAGCUAUUUCAUAAGAUUGAACAGCACAAGAUAGGUGUUCCUGGGUAUAUUAAAUGGGCAAAUAAACCAGAUCUAAAUGGUUACACCAAUGGUAUGAAUGCGCACACAGUGAUUGUCAACAUAUUCAAUUCUUAUGAUGGAAGAUCCAAAAUUGCGCAAUGUGUGAGUCAAAUUGCUGCUGAGAGUAGUAGUAUAGAAAAGUAUAAAGAACUCACAGUAGAAGAAUUGAAUUAUAGACUUAACCUGAUGUACCCUUCCAUUCCAGACCCAGAUUUAGUUAUUUAUACAGGACCAGUGUGCCGUACAAGUGGUCUUCUGCCAUGGCAGAUUAGGCUUACAGAAUUUAUACAGUUAUCAUUAGACCAUUGUAUAAAUGUUAAGAGUUAUAUAGGUGCUCUGUAUAAGUAUAAUAAAUGUGAUCAAAGGUUUGGUAAAUGAGAGUUUGUAUCUAGUGCUAGGCCUAAGUGUUUUAUGGUUAGGAAUUUAUUUAUUGUUUAAACAUCAUCUAUAGCAAUUGAGAGAAAAUAUCACUAAUUGUGGUAACAAGAAUAAUUGAAAAAUAAUUAUUUGAAAAUACAAUGCAUUGUUGUCAUCAGCAAUACUGACUUACUGAGUUAAUUAACCGACUUCAUAUUAAUUUGCAGUCAUUUAGAGAGAACAAGACCUAAAUAGCCAUCAUAGAGAUAUAUAAAUAAAGUAACAGUGGUAACUUCAUACAUCACUUUUCUUACCAAAACGUGAGUUAUAUCAUAGUCAACAUCUAGUGUCAAGUAGUAGAAUUUAUCAGUAUGAAAACGAAUGCUCAACAAUUUUCAGUUAAUAUUAUAACUGGAUUAACUUGUGAAUUGUUUUGGCAACACAUUUUUCGUCAGUCGCAACUCUUGUGACAUCUGGUGUCAAGUAGCGGUACUGAUAAACUUGCGUUUUGGUAAAAAAUCUGAUGUAUGGAGAUACCACUCCUUUUUACUUUUCUCUGUGAUAGCCAUAUAAAACUAUUUUAUACAGCUAUUGUACAUUUUGUACAUUCAUAUUUAGAUGUUUCGGAAUGGCCAAGAAGCCUCUAUUAAUAAAGGUGUUACAGUGCAGGUACACUUGAGAUUGUUCAGCACGUUUUGAGCACUUUGGUCUCUGAUAUAUCCAUACUGUUUGUUCAAUCAACUGCAUGUAAAACAAUUUAUUAGUCUCAUUAGCGUUUUACUACUUCCAACUUGAGUACUAGGUAUUGUUACCAAGUCAAACAAAAUGUUAAGUCUAUACGUAUUGAUAUCUACUUAAGGUAGUCUUUGUAACGUGUAAGUUUCAAAUAAAAUUCACUACAAUUUGUUAUGAUUUGUUGUUAUUUACAGUGUACAUUAUAUUACAUUGACUUAAGACUUAAUUAUUGUAUCAACUGUGAUAUAAAUAAAUUCAGCAACCAAUUUUAUGUUUCCAUAUAUAAAUAGCACAUUAUAUUAACAAAAAUAGCCAAAUAUAAAAGCUUAAUAACA